UUAAGUUUUGUUCUAGAAGAUAUGGUGCCGACACCCAAUACAUCCGUCACAUGUGACGGCAGAAGCGCAGUGGACGACAUGAGUGGAGAGAAGAUCAUCAUAUCUGGCAUGUCGGGACUCUACCCAGAGUCUCACAACGUGAAGGACUUGUCAGACAUUCUGUAUAAUAAGAUCAAUCCAAUCAACAACGAAAACCUCCGGUGGAACUUUGACCAUCCCGACGUAGUGCACUACACCGGCAAAGUGCCAGGGCUGAAACUAUUCGACGCUCAAUUUUUCAAAGUACACUUCCGUUUGGGCAACACUAUGGACGCAAUGGCACGCAAGAUAUUAGAACAGUCAUAUCAAGCUAUUUAUGACGCCGGUUUAUCCCCAGAAGAACUUUCUGGAAAAAAAGUCGGUGUCUACAUUGGAACUUGUUUUUCUGAAAGUGAAAAGGCUUGGUUUUAUUCUACAACUACUAAGACAGGUUCUGGUGUUGCAGGAUGCAGUAAGACAAUGUUUGCAAACCGCAUAUCUUAUUGGUUAAACGCCAAGGGUCCUUCUAUGAGCUUUGACGAAGGCAGCUGCAGUUCCACUGAAGCCUUGAAUCAAGCUUACCAGGCCAUCAAAUCUGGCGAGUGUGAAGCUGCUAUUGUAGGAGGGUGUAAUCUUUGUUUGCAUCCCCAAACUACUGCCCUGUAUGGAAGAACCAUUAAGUUGAGUGCAGACGGUAAAACUAAAUCGUUUGACACUGAAGCGGCUGGGUGUGCUUAUUCCGAAGCUAUCAACGUUCUAUUCCUACAAAAAGCUAAAGAUGCUCUUAGAAUUUACGCUGAAGUUGUACAUGUGAAAUGUAUAUUUGCAUCAAAUCUGCAAGACGAAACAAAAGGUCCAAAAUAUGGUUUUUAUAGGGAACCUGAUAGCAUGGCGAACUUUAUGAAAACUUUCUAUACAGAAGCAAAUGUCUCGCCACAAGAUAUUGAAUAUGUGGAAGCAUGUGGUUCUGCUACACCGGAGGCGGACAAAGCAGAACUAGAAACUAUCCAAAAAGUUUAUUGUGAUAACCGAAAGAGUACACUUUUGGUAGGCAGCGUUAUGUCAAAUAUAGGUUUCAGUGAAGCUGCAUCGGGAAUAUCUUCUAUUACGAAGGUACUUUUAGGAUAUUAUUAUGGAGAAAUUGCUGGAAAUUUGAAUUGCGACUCACCAAGAAACGAUGUAGCUGCUUUACAAGAUGGUCGUAUGCGCAUCCUAACUGAUCAUCAGAGUUUUGGACGGUCGUACACUGCUGUUAAUAGUCUAUCCAUGACAGGAGUUAACGCACAUAUCCUUUUAAAUGGUCAUUAUAAAGCUAAGGACCUUAGGCGUUACAAGACAGAUAUUCCUCGCCUGGUGCUUGUAUCUGGCAGACAAGAAUCUUCCGUGAGUAAAAUACUCCGGGAUUUAAAAUCUCGCCCUGUUGAUCCCGAAGAAAUAGCGCUUCUGCACAAUAUUCAUAAGAACAGAAUAUCAGGUCAUUUAGGAAGAGGAUAUGUACUUAUUGACACAAAUGUAAACAACGAAACCAUUUGUCUGCAUGAAAAAUCAAACUAUUAUGACGACGCUAAGCGGCCGCUGUGGUUCGUGUACAGCGGCAUGGGCUCCCAGUGGGCGGGUAUGGGAGAACACCUCAUGAGAAUUCCAAUAUUUGCUGCUGCUAUUGAAAAGUGUCACCGUGUCUUGGAACCUAAAGGAGUGGACAUUGCGCAUGUAAUUACAUCUCCAGACAAGACCAUAUUUGACAACAUUCUGAAUUCUUUCGUCGGAAUCGCUGCAAUACAAAUUGGACUCACAGAUGUAUUGCGGGCUUCAAAAAUUAUUCCGGACAAAAUUAUCGGUCACAGUGUGGGUGAGCUGGGUUGCGCGUACGCAGACGGCUGCUUCACAGCCGAGGAGAUGAUCCUGUCUGCGUACUGUCGCGGGCUGGUCUCUGUGCAGACUCCCUUCAUUCGUGGAUCCAUGGCUGCUGUUGGACUUGGCUACGAACAGAUGUCUAAAAUGGUUCCGCCUGAAAUACAAAUAGCUUGCCACAAUGGUCCCGAAUCCUGCACAAUUUCUGGUCCCGCCGAUAUUAUGAAAGAGUUUGUGGCGCAACUUACGGCAAACGGAAUAUUUGCCAGGGAAGUGCCGUGCUCGAAUAUUGCAUAUCAUUCGAGAUACAUCGCUCAAGCAGGACCGGAACUGCUAAAAUAUUUGAGUGAAGUGAUCAUGUCCCCAAAAGUUCGCAGUGACCGCUGGGUUUCAACGUCAGUGCCUCAAGACAAAUGGAAUGACCCCAUUGCGAAAUAUUCAUCAGCAGAAUAUCACACUAAUAACUUACUUAAUGCAGUACUUUUUGAGGAGACGUCAAGGCUCAUCCCAUCAAAUGCAGUGGUGGUAGAAAUUGCUCCUCAUGGCCUUCUGCAGGCUAUUCUCAAGCGUUCUCUGCCUGGAUCCUGCAAACAUGUGCCUCUGACUAGACGUGGUCAUCCCGACAAUGCAGUUUUCUUGCUGAAAGCUCUGGGAGAUCUCUUCACAGAAGGAUACAACCCACAAGUGCAAGCCCUGUACCCGAAAGUUGAAUUUCCAGUGUCGACUGGAACACCAAUGUUGUCUCAUUUAAUUGAGUGGGCGCAUUUAGAAACAUGGAGUCUACCAACAUAUGUAUCUGAAAAAAAGAGAACUGCCGCUUCAUGUAUUCACGUUUUAUCGUGUCACGACGACAAACAUAGUUACCUAAAAGGUCAUAUUGUAAGAGGAAUAAACUCGUAUCCUGGUGCUGCUGUAAUAGUAGCAGUUUGGGAUACAUUAGCUAUGGUGCUGGGAGUUCCAAAAAAACAACUUUCGGUCCAGUUUCAUGAUGUUCAUCUUUACUUGCAACCUGUGCUGAAAGACAAUGACCACUUAAAGCUUAAUGUAACUAUUCAAAGAGGAAAAGGCUACUUCGAGGUUUUAAUUAAUAACAAUAUUAUAGUUGCAACUGGUUUUAUUGUACAAAAAAUAACAGAAAAUAUAGAUAUGAAAGAUGAUAUGAAACUAGUAGAAGAUUUGGAGCUAAAAUCAGAAGAUAUUUACGAAUUAUUAGGCGCUAGAGAUUAUAACUACAUGGACGAGUUCCGAAGUAUUUAUAAUGCUAACAUGUCACUUUCUAAAGCUCAUCUUGUGUGGCAAAAUAAUUGGGUCACUCUUAUCGAUGGUAUGAUCCAACUCAAUGCACUCAGAUGUCCUCACGAAAGUGUUUCGCAGCCUAAUUUUAUAAGACAAAUUGAAAUUGAUGUUAAAAAUCAUACGAGAAACCUUGCCCGAUCGGUCAAUCGUGUCAAUGUCAUAUCCGCUAAUGUGUGUGAAGUGACGAAUACUACCAGAUGUGGAGGUGUCACCAUUGAAAGCAUUGAAUUCCGCGACAUGCUGCCGACUAAAAAAGAACAGAUUGGUUUAGAAAUGUCUAACUUCUCCACUGUAAAUAAUAUUAUCAAUAAUAAUCGAGAGGGAGAAUCUUUCGUACCAAUUCGGGAACAAAUAUCGAAAGAUAGUAAAAUAGCGCUAGAAGUGACUGAUAUGAACUCGACGCAAUGGAUAGAAGUGGCAAAAUCUAAUCAUCAAGGGAUUCCAGUGAAAGUUCAUUAUGCGGGCUUCAACGAUGUUUACGUAAAGAAAGUAUACGGAGUGGCAAAAGAAAGCAAGCAUAGUAAGAAACUGAUCGAAUAUGACUUCAGUGGUGUUACUAAAAGAAAUGAGCGCGUGAUGGGUAUCGUGCAGGGUGAAUCAAUUAGCACACACAUCCAAGCAAAACCUGAACUGUUGUGGCCUGUACCUGAACAUUGGACUUUAGAGGAAGCAGCUACUGUUCCUCUAGCCUACUGCCUGGCGUUCUAUUGUCUGUGCUUCAAGGCGAGGUUCUACCGUGGCAACAGUAUUCUCGUGCAUGGAGGCGCAGGAGCUUUGGGUCAAGCGAUCAUAUCUAUUGCACUCGCACACGACUGUGAUGUUUAUACUACAGUCAGCGAUAUUAGGAAAAAAAAGUUUUUGCUCAAAUUGUUUCCAGAACUUAAAGAGGAACAAAUUGGUUCUUCUCGUGACAACAGUUUCAGAGAUAUGGUUAUUAAUGGUACGAAUGGAGAAGGUUGUGACAUUGUUAUAACACCUUUAAAAGGAGAUCUAAGAGACAGUUCAAUAAGGAGUUGUAAAAUCAGUGGAUGCGUUGUGGACACUUCGCUUAUACUGGACGAUGACAAUUAUAUAUUUCAAAUGUAUCAUUUAUCUGAAUUUAUCAGUUACAGUAUGUUGCAGUUUUCCUCAUUAUUUGAGGCUAAAAAUGUAGAAGAUUUGAGAAAAUUACAAUUAAUGGUGAGCGAAGGAAUCGCCCGCGGUUACGUGCGACCGCUCUCUCAUGUGGUGUAUGCGGCGAAGAAUGCUCAACGAGCGCUGCGGCUUCAAGCGAGCAGCAGACAUAUUGGCAGAGUGCUACUUAAUUUAGAAGAGGAUAUACCCUACGUUCAGCACAGAAUAAGCUGCUCAUCUGAUCGAAUCCAAAUACUACUAUCAGAGGACACUGUUUUGGGAAUACAAUUAGCCGACAGAUUAAUAAAACGAGGAGCUAAAAGAUUAAUACUUCGUUGCUCUAAAAAGUCAAAUAGUCUACUGUUUAAAGUCAGGUCCUGGGAAGAUCUAGGUGUUGAAUGUGCAGUGUCAUAUGGAAAAUGGGAUGAAAACGUUGUAAAUUUACUAAACGGCGAGACAUCCGAAAACGUUGAAGGAAUAUAUUGCAUUCUAAAUUCAGCUGAGCAAAUUCAAAACAAUACCAAAUUCAUGGAACAGUUGACUCUAGUUACACGAAAAUUCAAUUGGCCCAUAAAGUAUUUCGUUAUAGUUGAUGCCCGAGAACAUAUCAGUAAAUUACAACUAACGGAACCACAUGAUCGACUUAUAACCAUCAAGUUACCGUCAUUAAAAAAUGUUGAAAAUAAUAAACUUUCUUCAAUCAACCAUGCUAUCGAUGAUAUAGAGAAGGCUAUAUGUUACAAAGAACCCAUUAUAGCUACGCGUAAACAAAAAUCUUUUGACGACUUGGUACAACAGUUGGCAAACUUAGCUGAUUUUCCAAUACUUGAUGGCACGAUACAAGAUGUAACACUUGAAGAACUGGGAAUGGAUCUAUCGAAAUGUCAAAUUAUUAGAGCUUAUUUACGAGAUGUUUAUAAUAUUUUAUUCGACGCAAGCAAUAUACCAUCGUUAACUGUAAAUAUGAUAUGGGAGUUAGCAGGUAAUGAAAAAAAAGAAGUACUUACUGAAACUGAAAAUUUGAAAACUAUCUUGUCCCACAUUGAUCAGGAUGAACUCCUAGCUACAACAGAAAUGGUAUUUUUACCAACACUCAGUACAAACUCGGCCACGAGAGCUGAUGAAUUUGACGUAGGCAAAAAAUACCUGUGCAUAGUACCAGGAGUAGAAGGGCUACACUUGCGAUUCCGUGAACUAUGCGAGAGGCUGAAGUUACCUGCACUAGUGUUACAGCCAAAUAUUGAUAAGCCUCACGAGAGUAUACAAGAAAUAGCAAAAAGAUACGCAGAGAUUCUUUUGAAAAAGACUAAAUUAAAGAAAAACUUUUAUCUUCUCGGAUAUGAAAGCGGAGUUUUGGUAGCCUUAGAAAUGGCAGCGAUUCUCGAAGAUAGUGGAUUAACUGGCACAAUAUAUUGCAUCGGCGGUGCACCGAAAGAAGUUCUCGAUAUGUUUGACAAAAGUCUAUCUAAAUUCAAAACAGAAGAAUCACUGCAGGUAGCUUUAGCCAAUCACAUGUUCCAGUUAUUCGUUAACGACAAUGAAGGAUUACCAGCAGAGGAUCUGGAAAAUGAGCUAAAUAACAUCUCUACUUGGAAUGAGAAAGUGUCGUUUUGUGGACAGAAACUGCUGGGGCGUAUCAAUCAUUCUAUUCAGUACGCGCAAGAAUAUAUUAAAGCGGGAUACGAAAGAAUAAGACAAGUGAGGCGUUAUCAUUUAGAACCACGUCCACUUCGCUCCCUCCUCAUUUCAAUUCGGCCUUGGUCAUCUGAAUCUAAUAAUGUCAACACCUCGCCUUUACAAGGUCACUCGCAACAAGACAUUGUCGAGUACCAGUUGCAAGUACCUCUAGCGCAUGCAACUCAAGACAUUCGCUGCGCCGCCAUUGUGAACCGUCAUUUGGACAAAGAAAUUCUAGAAGAAUUCGACAAGAAAAAUUUGUGCGAAACUUAUCCUAUGUUUGUUGAUUCGUUAAGUACUUCUGUUAACACAACUAAUUGAAUUUAAAAUUCCGUACAGUACUAUGCAAAGUUUAUGACGUAUCGUUAAUACGUCAUAAAGUUUGCAUCCGACUAUACAAUGUUUAUAUAUUUAGGUUAUUAUUGAAAAUAAUGAAAAAAUAUACAGGGAUAUUGAUUGAG